AUGACCCUUCCUGGGAGCGAACCUAUUGCUAUUAUUGGCGGCGGUGCAUUUGGUCUAUCCACAGCGCUCGAGCUUUCAAGAAACGGAUACACCAACAUCACUGUUUUCGAGAAGGACGAAGAGAUUCCUUCGCGUUGGUCCGCUGCAAACGAUCUCAACAAGAUUGCACGAGCAGAGUAUGAGGACGACUGGUACACUGAUCUUGCAAUCGAAGCAAUGAAAGAAUGGCAAACACCCUUCUACGCCCCCUACUUCCACCGUGUCGGCUUUCUAAACUGCUGCUCGGAAGCUGCUCCCCAAAAAGCCAUCGACACAAUGGAGCGGUUUAAAGCAGCGGCAGAGCGCAGCUCCGUCAUAAAGCCUUUCGUCCGUAAGGUUAGUGACCGUAAAGAUCUCCUUCAAGCAUGCUGGCAGUUCACUGGUGCUUUUCCCGGAUGGAGAGGCUAUAUAAACACAUAUGACGGCUAUGUGCACUCUGCGAAUGCGCUGCGUGGUGUUUAUCGUGCUGCGAGGUCUAACGGUGUGAGGUUUUUCCUCGGCGAGAAGGUCGGCGCGGUUGAGGAAGUUGUUUACGAGAGCACCAGUCGGGGAAGGCGGGGCACUGGUGUACGAACCCAGGAUGGUCGCGUGCACCCUGCAUCCCUCAUUGUUGUUGCAGUAGGAGCAGCUGCACACAAGAUUCUGCCCGAGCUGAGCACCAAUGUCUCAGCAAAGUCGUGGUCUGUCGGCCAUGUACGCCUCACUGACGACGAGACUGCGGCGCUCCGCGGUAUUCCCGUUGUAUAUGCCCGUGAUUUAGGCUUCUUCUUCGAGCCAGACCCGAAGACGAACCUCCUCAAGCUAUGCCCGAUGGGCGGCGGCUAUAUCAACACGGAUCCUUCAAGUGGUGUGUCGAAAGCGCCGGAAGAAGUCAACCGCUUUGUACCGUACGAGGAUGAGCUCAAGAUGAAGGAGCUCCUCCGUCAGACACUGCCACACCUUGCAGACCGACCAUUGGUCAAGAAGUCACUGUGCUGGUUCGCUGAUACCGAUGACUCGGAUUUCAUCAUCGACUACGUGCCCAAGACAUCGGCUUCGGUUAUGGUCAUGACCGGCGAUUCCGGUCAUGGUUUCAAGAUGUUCCCUAUCGUAGGUCGUUGGGUGCGUGACCUGUUGAACGCGUCGGGCGGACAGCAGCCGAUCAAGAGGUGGCGGUGGAGGGAACCGAAGCCUGUCAAUGGCGAGACGAUUGAAGAAGCCGACGUGAGCUGGCGAGUGGGAGAUGUCAGAGAGCUCCGCGAUCUGUCGGAGCAACCAGUCAGGGCGAAGUUGUAGUGUUGUGGGUUCAUGGUUGGAUAGCCCAGAUUGGAGCGCGAAUUAGACUAUCCGUUUUAUUUC